CUGGAAGUGAAGUUGGUAAACAAAGAGUUCAGAGAGGACUAUUUUGCCGCCAUUUCGAAGGUAAUUACUGGAGACGUGAAAAUCAGCAUGAAGCGUAUACUGUAAUAUUCGUUCGAAGAGUAGUUCAUGAGAAACUUGUGUUGGAGUUCAACGAAAACAAAGAUAGGCGUACGCAACACAUACAUGGAUUUGAGCAUGAGAAAAGCCUUUAGACGGUUCUGCCAAACUAAACAUGUUGUGGAAAACGAAUUUGAAAAGUCUUACCUGAAGAAUGUCAAAUGGUGGUUUCAUAAUCAACGUGACCAUUGUAGUAGGCGAAUGCAGAGAGGAGUUAGGCACAAAGUUUCUGACAAGGAACUGGAACCGGUGCCAGCUGAAGAUAUGGAGGUUAGCUGUUGUAAUAGUGAAGGUGUUUUGGAUAAGGAAAGUGAAUGGACACAUUUUUGACCACCCUCUCCAAGUGAAUUAUUCAUUAUCCCUCCAAUUUUUUGACAGAAAGUGUGAUUCGUAGUAAAAACAGUGGGCCAAAGGUUGGGAAUUAAAGCAAAAAUGGUGACAUCGUCAGGGAAAUUUGCCCUACAUGUACAGCCAUAAUAGGAAAUGUCGCACCGUCGUCGAAAACGUUAGGACAGACGUUGGGCCAUUUUCAAAAACGUAAGACCUGACAUUGGACCAAAGAGGAAAACCAUGGGGCCAAAUGUAGGCCGAAAAUCAUCUGACCAGACGUAAAGGAAGUCUUACAAAAC